GUCAAAUUGCCCUUCAUAUCUCACCCAGGGCUCCUCCAAACUCUCGCCAGGAGGUCAAGGACAUGGACAUGGAGACAAAGAACUACAGCAGCAGCAGCAUGCAAGACUUUAUCCUUCUGGGCAUCUCUUCCAACCCUCAGCUUCAGAAGCCCCUCUUUGCUGUCUUCCUCAUCAUGUACCUGGUCACCCUGGUGGGCAAUGUACUCAUCAUCCUGGCCAUCCACUCUGACACCCGGCUCCACACCCCUAUGUACUUUUUCCUCAGCAACCUGUCCUUCAUGGACAUCUACUUCACCACAGUCAUUGUGCCCAAGAUGCUGGUGACCUUAGUCUCGGAGACAAAGUCCAUCGCCUAUGUGGGCUGCCUGGUCCAGAUGUACUUCUUCAUGGCCUUUGCAAACACUGACAGCUACCUGCUGGCCUCUAUGGCUAUAGACAGGCUGGUGGCCAUCUGCAACCCCCUCCAUUAUGACAUGGCUAUGAGCCCAAGGCACUGCCUCCUCCUGCUGCUGGGUUCUUGCACCAUCUCUCACCUGCACUCCAUGCUGCGUGUGCUACUCAUGUCCCACCUGUCCUUCUGCCCCCCCCAUAUCAUCAAGCACUUCUUUUGCAAUACCCAGCCUGUACUAAAGCUGUCCUGCUCUGACACCUCCUCCAGCCAGAUGGUGGUCAUGACUGAGACCCUGGCUGUCAUCACAACCCCUUUCCUGUGCACCCUCUUCUCCUACCUGAGAAUCAUUGUCAUGGUGCUAGGAGUCCCCUCUGUGGCUGGGAAGUGGAUGGUCUUCUAUACCUGUGACUCCCACCUCACUAUGGUGGUUCUGUUCUAUGGAAGUGUCAUCUAUGUCUAUUUUAGACCUCUAUCCAUGUACUCAAUGGUGAAGGACCGGGUGGCCACAGUUAUGUACACGACAGUGACACCCAUGUUGAACCCUUUCAUCUACAGCCUGAGAAACAAAGAUAUGAAGAGGGGUUUCAGGAAACUAAGGGACAGAAGUCACUCAUAG